CUCUGCCCGGGCGUGGUUUGAACACCAGAUUUGCUGCAACAGAAGAUGAGCAUUCAUGGAUCAUGGUGGUGUUAUGUGCGCUGUGCAGAACGUCAUCCGUCUGCCCUGUGUCUCUGCACAGAAUCUUUGCCACUGGCGUCUGGACGUGCUUUAAUAGCAGCUCCUUCAAUGUGAGGACGGCAUUGCAGAGAACCCGGUGAAAGUUCGAGAUGCAUUGUGCUUGCUGACAAGAUGCAGGCUCUGCGAGCGCCCUUGCUCAGAAGCGGCGCUUGCAAGGUGGGAGUGUUGGAACAUAUCAAUGCUUCUCAUCAACAAAUUUCUACUUUCAGCACGCAGGUUUGUGGCCCUCGAAUCGUGUAUCGUUUUCGGAAUCAAAAGACAUCAGUUCCAAGGUUGAGGAUGCCAGCAGGUGGCAGGCCGACACAAAGUUGUUCAAACACAUCCCCUUUACAUGGAGCAAACGCGGUGUCUGGGCUGCCGGAAGGUGACACUCAACAACCAUCAUCCGGGCAGACCCGUGAAUCCUCAAAGGGGAGUCCAGGCAAAGAAAUAGAGAGAGGGAGAAACUCACCGGGGCAGAGCAGGAGUCUGCCUAGAACACGAGAUGUGUGGCGCAAAUCAGACGCAGGGAGAGGCCCAAGGCCCCCAUCGCAGAAUGGCAAACCACCACCUAGAACGGAAAAGCAACGGACGGUAUUCAAAGGGGAGGUCCCGGAGGAUGCCUCAGUGGCAAUCAUUGGGGGGGGCUUAUCGGGGCUGAUAUGCGCACAGGUGUUGUCUGACCAGGGGGUCCGGUCGACGGUCUUUGACACGGGCAAGCGCGGUCUCGGGGGCCGUCUCGCCACGAGACACAUCAGCACCCCAGGCGGCCAGUCUCUAGUUUUCGACCACGCUGCGCAGUACUUCACGGUUUCAGACCCCAUUGUUCAAAAGAUGGUAGAUCAGUGGGAAGCAGAGGGGUUAGUGCGGGUUUGGGAUGGGUCAGUGGGGAACCUGAAAAGAGGACAAUUCACACCGCUGCCUGGGGAGCAGCCGAAGUAUCUGGGGGUCGAUGGCAUGAUGGGGCUUGCAGAUCGACUGGGAGAAAAGGUGCGGCAGGGGUUAGCGCAAACUCGUCGCCCAUGUUGGGUUAGCCGAAUGGAGCCCAGCGGGGGGAAAUGGCGACUAAGCGAAAACGGAAGGCACGAGGGUGAUUUCGACUUUGUUGUGAUUGCCCAUAACGGGAAGUGUGCGAAUCGGCUCUUAGCUCCAGCGGGGGUCCCAGAAGUUGCAGCUCAAAUGAAGAGUCUACGCCUGAGCUCCAUUUGGGCUCUGCUCGCCGCCUUCGACAAGCCCCUGCCUCUCCCGCCCGAGAUCGACGCUGCGUUCGUACAAGACGUUCCGUCCGUUUCGUGGGCGUGCAACAACAACCGGAAGCUCAAGCGGAGCGGGCCGGAAUGCUGGACGCUCUUCAGCACGGCGGGCUACGGAAAGGACAACAAGGUUCCCCAGGAAGCUGUGCCGGCCCCGGUUGCCGCGAAGGUCACCCGGGAAAUGCUCGACGGCUUUGAAGACGCCUGGGGCGUCUCUCGGGGGACUUUCCCGGCCCCGAUCUUCACCAAAACGCAACUUUGGGGGGCAGCGUUGCCAACGAAUACGCCGGGCGUGCCUUGUAUUUUCGACCCCCUGGGACGGGUCGGGAUUUGCGGCGACUGGCUGCUGGGCUCCAGCAUGCAGGAUGCGGUGUUGAGCGGCCGAGCUAUGGCACUGCAGAUCGCCGAGUUUUGUCAGCGGCGGGGGGCCGGUACCGAGAGCCUCGCCAGCGGGCUGACCAAACGGUUGCGCCCCGUUGCGGGACACGACAUUGGCAGCUUCCCCGUAACAGAAGCAGAGCUUCUUACCGUGACGUAAUCGGUUGCGUAACCCUUAGUAAAGAAGUUUAUCUCAGUGUCACAACGUCGUCCCUGUCAAUGUUGGAGGCGGCCGUUGACAGUUGCGGGUUGAGUUUGCCUCGGUUUCACGUUGAUCAAGUUCACGUCAACGGCAAGUGAAGAUUCUUAAAGCAUGAGCACAUAUGCGAAAGCACAACUGUCACUUGGGCUGCGGUGACUUCACGUUUAUGUGAUCAUCGAAGCACUAGAUAAUCAGUCCUUGAAAUCGGCCGGCGGCUCUUGAGAAAGAAGAGCGUGAGAGCUUGCAUUCGGUGCCCGUGGCGUCUAGCACGGUAUGGUCCUCGGACAUAUCCAGCCCGGCAGCAAGCCUCUAAAAAGGAGUUUCAUGGGUG